CGAAGAGAAAAAACGGGCUACCACCGCCGUAAGCUUAUGCCUCUCACGCCCACUUCACGCACCAACAACCCGGGCUUGUCCCUGGUGCUAGUCCAGGUUUGCCUGGAGACUGGGCUGUGGGCUGGCGCUGCAGUGACGCACGGCGGUCAAGAACGUGCCCAAGUUUCCCCUCUGGAAGUCUUAGUUUGGAGGAGUCAGAGGAGAAGACAAAGUCCCUCUUAUAUGCCCAACUUAGAAGCCAUUUAUCUUGGGAGCACAAGGCGUUCUGCAACUCUAGAAAGCAAGUAACUUAACGUCAGUGAGCCAGGUGUGGGAGCGUGACUCGCAGCCUCACACACCUGCCUCAGAGGAAAGCUUGGGAGUGUGGGGCCGAGUGGCAGGCUCUGCUGCCUUACCAUGUGCUGCAGAACUUACUUCUUGCUGCAAAGAGACUUGAGGGAGUUGGAAGAGAACAAGUAUAAGGGUAUUACUGCCUUUCCUGUAAGUGAAGAUCAGAUGAAAUGGGAAGCUAGUAUUGAAGGUCUAAAGGAUACAAUUUGGCAUGGAAUAUUCUUCCCACUGACAAUAAAUUUUACACCGGAAUAUAAUCUCGUCCCUCCAAUUGUGAAAUUUAAAAUCGUUCCUUUUCAUCCAAAUGUAGACCAACGUACUGGUCGACCUUGUAUAGAUUUUUUGGACAACCCUAGUAAGUGGAAAACAAGCUAUACAUUGAGCAGCAUCUUACUCACUCUCCAGGUUAUGCUUUCUAAUCCAGUGCUAGAAAAUCCAGUGAAUUUGGAAGCAGCCCAAAUACUGACUGAAAGUGAAUCGAUAUAUAAACUAGUAAUUCAACAACUUUACCAUGACACAUUACUAUUGGAUAAAGACACCUCUGAUUUAUCUAAAGAAUCAGAUAAAUUUAUCAGAGCAAUUAAAGUUUCAUUUGACGAUUACCACAAGACCUGGUCUGAAAUAGCUACGUCCCAAGCUGCUGAGUGUUUCAGAACCCCAAUGCUCGAGGAUCCAGGUUUCAUUGGACAGUAUCAUAAAUGGAAGAAAAUGGAGCGAAAACAUCAGAAAGAAUGGAAUUUAAAGUAUCCUGCUGCCAAGGCUCAGUAUACUAGAGAAACUAAAACUUCUUACAAAGCCCAGCAUCAAAGCCACAGAAUUUAUCCCUCCCCAACUUCAGAUUCACUAUCUGAAACAGAGAUUGUCUUAAAGACGUAUGAAGCAGAGGAGGAGUGGGAAGAGUAUGAUGAGCACAUACAUGAGCCAUGGGAGGAGGAAGUGGAGGACCUGGUCAACUGGGCCAAUACUCUUGAUUCAGACAUUUUAGAUAUUUAGACACUUACGCCAACGGCUCCAGGAUUUAAAAAAGCAACAGCCUCAACCACAGCUCAGCUUCAUGCAGCAACUUUGGAAGACUCUCAGCACUUGGAUUCCAUUUAUUCCCCCCCAAGGUGGUCUCAUCCUCUCAUCGCAAGUGCAAAUUAUAAAUAUGAGUAAAAAUCGGUGACUCUGAUCCUUUGAA